AUGACUGCUCGAAAAAUCAAGAUUAAGGAGGUCAAUAAGCGAGAGCGUAGGCUAAAGGAAUCACCACUUCGCGCUCCUAGCGUCGAAAGUGCCAGGCAAAUCGUUCCAGUUGAGCCCGAAGCUAUGGAGACUAAAGGAGAGACUAAGACUAUCUCCGAGUCCGAGGCAAAGGUUUUGCGAAGCUUGACUCGGCGCUAUAUACUAGCUAGCUCCUUAGCGCAAAUUGCACUGCCGCAUCGGGUUAGGCGACUGUUGCAGACCCACAGGCAGCGUAAUUACCCGGCUCUUCUCUCGAUGCCGAUUGGCUACGCUACUUUGGUUAGCCCGCCAGCAUCCGCUCCGAGAAACCAGAUCAGGAACAAUAUCCGACCAUUGGCUAUUGCCUGA